AUGACUACCCCACUCUCACCUGCGGAGCGCGCGCAGUAUACGGCGACUGUCGAUAGUAUACUUGCAUCUGCGGAUCUGCAGACGAUUUCUUCGAAGCAGAUACGGAAGGGGUUGGUUGCGAAGUUUGGGGUUGAGUUGGGGGAUAAGAAGGCAGCGAUUCAUGAGUUGAUUAUGCAGAGAUUUGACCUUGCGCAUAAGGCUAUUGAUGUCCCUGUCCUUUCGACGGAAGUGGAGGAGAAUAAAGAUGGUGGAGAUGGUGGUGGGGAGAAGGCGAAUGGAUAUCAUACACCAUCGCGUAGCACUUCCGACAUCUCGACACCGUUCAUAAAAGAAGCAUCUGAUUCCGACGAGCCGCCUACCAAGAAGCGGAAAGCGACUUCUGGAGCUGGACGCAGUGGAAGUGGGACUAAGAAGGAGGUUGACGAUGCGAAGUUGGCGGCUAGGUUGCAGGCACAGGAAGAUAGAGGAGCGAGGCCUACGAGGAGGGGUGUAGCGACGCCGAAGAGGAAGAGGGUGGUGAAGAAGAAGCAGAAGAGUGACAAGAAGGUUAAGGAUGAGGAUGAUAGUGACGUGGUGGGCAGUGAUGGUGUGGUUAGAGAGAAGGUCAAGAAGGGUGGUUUCCAUAAACAAUACCACCUUUCUGCGCCACUGGCAGACUUGGUUGGGGAGGUUACUCUUUCACGCCCACAAGUCGUCAAGAAGUUAUGGGAGUAUAUCAAAGGACACGACCUGCAAGACCCAUCUGAUAAACGCCAAAUCCUUUGCGAUGAUAGGCUACAGCUGGUGUUUAAGCAGGAAAAGGUGCAUAUGUUUACUAUGAACAAGCUUCUGGGAAAGCAGCUUUAUGAUGUUGAGGAGGAAUGA